UGACAAUACGUCACUGGUCAAAAUUGUCAAGUUAUGUCAUUGAAUUUGUCAAAGGCUCUGCUAAUCAAUUUUUAAAAAUCUGGUAAUAAGUUUCUAUUAAUGGCUUCGCAAGCAGCAAAAAGGACUAUUAAAGAAGUCAAACCAUUAUUAUCUCUAGAUCAUACCGAAGCACGACAGAGAGUUCUGAAUCUCUACAAAGCUUGGUACAGGCAACUUCCAUAUAUAGUGAAGCAGUAUGAUAUUCCAAGAACGGAGGCCCAAUGUAAGCAGAAACUAAGAGAGGAAUUUUCUAAAUAUGAUAACAUUCAAGAUGUAAGGGUUAUAGAUAUGAUGAUAAUUAAGGGACAAAUGGAGCUGAAAGAAGUUGUGAAUAUUUGGAAACAGAAAGGUCACAUUAUGGCAUACUUCAAGGACACUGUUGAGCCGAAACCAAAAGACUUUCUGUCGAAAUUUUUAUCUGGAAAAGAUUAGUUUGAAAGGCAGGCCUAACAAUAGAAAUUUUUAUGUAGUUAUGAAUAUGACCAAAUUGUUUUGAAUGGAGUAGAGUGAUGUGCACUAUGAAUUCAAUGAUUGAAUAUUGUUGUGUCUGAGUGUAUUUAGUAAUGUGGUCUUAGUCUAGAACUGAAUAAAAUAAGAUAAAACUGA